UCGCUCCUUUAAGCUUUUCGCCGACACUUGUUGAUAAUACCAACUGUUAUUUCUCUACGAAUAAAUAUAAACAUGUGUGACUCAAGUGAAGGAAAAAUCCACGAUCAAGUGAAGGAAUAUUACGGGAAAACCGUUAAAACAACGGAUGACCUAAAGCUUAGUUCAUGCAGUGUAUCACUAGGCAAAAGGCUUAGCCCACGGGUAAAGAAUGUCAUUGCUAUGGUCCACGAGGAUAUCCGUAAGAAAUAUUAUGGAUGUGGACUUGUGAUUCCUGAAAGCCUGGAAGGUAUGAAGAUCCUUGAUUUGGGAAGUGGAAGUGGACAAGAUUGUUUUGCAUUAUCAAAACUGGUUGGAGCUGAUGGUUAUAUAGUUGGUGUUGAUAUGACACAAGAACAGCUUGAUAUUGCUAAUCAGUAUAUAGACUACCACACCAAACUCUUUGACUACAAAACCCCAAAUGUUAAAUUUGUUAAGGGCUAUAUUGAGCACCUUACAGAUGCAGGCUUCAAGGAAAAUUAUUUUGACAUCAUUAUCUCCAACUGUGUUAUCAACCUGUCAGCUGACAAAAAAGCGGUGUUGGCACAAGCUUAUAAGAUUCUAAAAGAAGGCGGUGAACUAUACUUCAGUGAUAUGUAUGCUGACCAAGAGGUUCCUGCUGAUAUACGCACAAAUAAGGAACUCUGGGGUGAAGGCCUUUCUGGGGCACUUUAUUGGAAACAACUCCUAGAACUAACUCAAGAAAUUGGAUUUAGUCAAGUUCAUAUUGUCAGCAUUUCCCGUAUUCCUGUUGAAAGGGAAGAUUACAAAAAACUUAUUGGUAACAUAAAGUAUGCUGCUGUUACAUGUCGUCUUUUUAAGUUACCAAAGAAUUCCAAACCAUCUUCUGCCCAAGUAGUCUACACUGGAGGUAUUGUGGAUCAUGAGGACAGCCUGAAAUUUAGUCGUCACAUAACAUUCUCUUCCAACAAACCUGUGACUGUUGACGCGGAUUUACAUGCUAUCCUGAAAUAUUCUCGUUUUGGAGAAAAAUUCCAAAUUACUGAACAAAAUGACCAAACAGCUGCAACUGAAAAAGUUUCCUGUGAUAUUACCAAUCCAUUUGAUUUACUCGACAAUCAAGAAAAGCAAUUAAAAUCAUCAGGGAAUUGCUGCAAUGGCGCUAACUGAUUCGUUCUCUGUAUUUGGUUAUAUGUAAUUGCUUAAUAAGCAAAACAAUUUGAUACAAAUUUCAGUUAUUCUUCAAUUUUUUGUUAACCAUCAGUUGUAAUAAUAAUAAUAGUAAUAAUAAUAUCUUUUAGACUAAUAUGAAUACUACUGUGCAUGAAAUCACUAUAUUCUACCAAAUAAUACAUUGAAAUACUUAAUUUGAUGAGAAAUCAAUAAUAUGAUCAACUAGCAAAGAGCACAUAUGAACAUUAAUAAGUUUCAGAGCAAACAAGAAAGCCUUUAUGUUUCUCCCUGAUCUGUUGGAAAUAAUAGCUAAAUCUCCCUGAAAUCACACCCUGCUUUUCUUAAAAACAGAAGGCCACAUUGGAUUAUGUGGUCUUAGAUAUAUUAUUCGAAAAAAGAAAAAUUGAUUGGAUGGUCAUGUCAGGGAUGUCUUUGGGAUUGACCUUUUAAGGAUUUAAAUCAGCUGUAUCCAGCUAAAAUAUUUUACCUGUUUUAUGUUCAAACUAACUAGAUUUGGCAUUUCACACCUGUUCUACAAUGUCAUUCUGAAAGUAAACAAUCUUACCAAAAUCUUGAAGUUGAUGUAUAGUUAAAGCAAUGAAUGAAUAAGCAUUAAAUUUGACAGAAUAGUCUGAAUGCUAAAGGGAUAGACAGGAAGUUUGUCAGUUGGAUUUGAAUUUGGCUAUAACAAUUCCACAUCACUUGUUUCACAAAAUACCUUUUGAGAAAAGCAUAAACAUAAUAGUUUAUAUUUAUCUUGUCUUUUAGUGGAGCAAACCAAGCUUUGAUGGAGAUUUGAGAGUUGAAAAAUAAAAGAUAUAAUAAUUUGUCUAUAAUCCUUUGAGUAUCAGAUGAAUAAUACCAAAUUUGGUUAGUUAUAGGCAAUGUAGAAUUUAAGGUGGUUAGACAUUGGUCUACUCUGGCAAAAGUAAAACAAGACAGGCAAAAUUGUGAUAAAAAGAAAAAGUAAUUUUUCAAAAGUUAGAGUAUUAGAAUGUGAGGAAAAGAAAUGGAUUUUAAUAUUUUGAGCGGUAUGCUCUUUAACAAGAUAAGUUGUUUGGAGUUACCCAUACUAAUACAAUAAGGGAAAAUAAUUUAGGCAAAUAAUUUGAAAAGUAAAACCCAGGAGCAAAACCCUAAAUAGUUAAAAGGGAAGCAUUUUAUUUCCUUAAUAUUUAAUUUUUUUUUAUUAUUUGUCAUAAGUAAGAUAAUCCAUAUUACAUAUGCGAUUAUCCUUAUGGUCAGCCUUUCUUAUGUUUUUAUUCAAUUCAAUGAUAGGUACAGUCUACUACAGGGUUGAUUUCUUGUAAUCUAAUUCCAAAUAUGUAAUCCUAAAUACCCGAAUGAUGAAUGUGUGUAACACAUAAUAAAAAAUUGCUUUUAUAAAACUAUAUAACACCAAGCUAAAGUAAUAGCAGUUUCCUUCUGUCUCCUAACACAUCGUAUCUCACAGUACAAUGCAUACUCUAGUGAAUAAAGCCGUAUUUUGUUUUUUU